GGCUGUCUGGUGUGCUGUGAUUUUUUAGCCUGGCAAGGAGCUUUGGAUUUCUGUGAGGAAGAAAUCAGCGCCCAGUCUCGGGGCGAGGUCUUGCAGACUCGGGCGAGCCCCACGGACUCUGAGAACUUCUCUGGAAGAGGAACCCCAUAUUUCUAAAAGCAUGGCUUGUUUUCAGGGAUCAGUGACAUUCAGGGAUGUGGCUAUCACCUUCUCUCAGCAAGAGUGGCAAAGCCUAGAAUCUGCUCAGAGAGACUUGUACAGAGAUGUGAUGUUGGAGAACUAUAGGAAUUUGGUCUCACUGGCAGGGUAUUCCCUUUCUAAACCACAUGUGAUUACCUUAUUGGAACAAGGGAAGGAUCCAUGGGAGACAGUGAGGAAAGAUAAAAGAAGACAAUGUGCAGAUUUGCAGUUGGAGGAUGAAGUAAUUAGCCAUGAAGAAAUUUCCACUUAUGAAAAAUGUACAUCUUUUGCUCUACAUCAAAGAGUUCUUAAUAGAGAGAAGCCAUGUGAACGUCAAGAAUUUGGGAAGACUUUCUGUCAAGGCUUGAAGUCUGUUCCACACAAGAAAGUGCAUGCUAGUGAAAACCCCCACAAAUGUAAAGAAUGUGGAAAGAGCUUUAGUAAUGGACAGCAGCAUUCUAUACAUCAGGGACUGCAUGUUGGGGAGAAACCCUAUGAAUGUAAGGAAUGUGGGAAGGCUUUCACUAGGGAAUCAGCCUGUGUUAAACAUGGCAGAAUUCAUACUGCUGAGAAACCUUGUAAAUGUAAGGAAUGUGGAAAGACCUUUAACAGUAGCUAUCAAUUUCCUGUACAUCAGCACAUCCAUACUGGGAAGAAACCACAUGAAUGUACGUCAUGUGGAAAGGCUUUUUACAGUGGCUCAUAUCUUGUUCAACAUCAAAGAAUCCAUAAUGGUGAGAAACCCUAUGAAUGUGAGAAAUGUGGGAAAGUUUUUAUAGUGUAUGGAAAACUUAUUAGGCAUCAGAAUAUUCACACUGGUGAAAAACCUUUUGUAUGUAAGGAGUGUGGAAAAGCCUUUAGGCUUAGUUCUUUUCUUAAUGCACAUCAGCGAAUUCAUGCAGACGUAAAGCCCUAUGAGUGUAAGGACUGUGGGAAAGCCUUUAGUCUUGCCUCAUACCUUGUUCAACAUAAAAGACUUCAUACUGGUGAGAAGCCCUAUGCAUGUAAGGAAUGUGGGAAGGCCUUUAGUACCUUUUCAUACCUUGUUCAACAUCAGCGAAUUCAUACAGGUGAAAAACCUUACGAAUGUAAAGAAUGUGGGAAGAACUUUACCACUAGCUCAUCCCUUGUUCAGCAUCAGCGAAUUCAUACUGGUGAAAAACCCUAUGAAUGUAAGGAAUGUGGAAAGGCCUUUACUGUGCAUGGACAGCUUACUCGACAUCAGAGUACUCACACUGGUGAGAAACCCUUUGAAUGUAAGGAGUGUGGAAAAGCCUUUAGGCUUAGUUCUUUUCUUAAUGCACAUCAGCGAUUUCAUGCAGGGAUAAAGCCCUAUGAGUGUAAGGAGUGUGGGAAGGCCUUUAGUCGUGCCUCAUAUCUUGUUCAGCAUGGAAGACUUCAUACUGGUGAGAAGCCCUAUGAGUGUAAGGAGUGUGGAAAAGCCUUUAGUUCUAGCUCAUACCUCAUUAAACAUCAAAGAAUUCAUACUGGUGAGAAACCUUAUGAAUGUAACAAAUGUGGGAAAGCCUUUACUGCUUAUGCUCAACUUGUUGGACAUCAGAGUGUUCAUACUGGUGAGAAACCCUUUGAAUGUAAGGAGUGUGGAAAGACCUUUAGGCUUAGUUCUUUUCUUAAUGCACAUCAGCGAUUUCAUGCAGGGGUGAAGCCCUAUGAGUGUAAGGAAUGUGGGAAGGCCUUUAGUCGUGUCUCGUAUCUUGUUCAACAUCAAAGGAUUCAUACUGGUGAGAAGCCCUAUGAGUGUAAGGAAUGUGGCAAGGCCUACAGUACCGGCUCAUAUCUUGUUCAGCAUCAGAGAAUCCAUGCUGUUGAGAAACCCUUUGAAUGUAAUGAAUGUGGCAAGGUCUUGAUUAGUCGCCAUCAACUCACUGUACAUCAAAGGGUUCAUACUGGUGAGAAACCCUAUGAAUGUAAGGAAUGUGGCAAGGCCUUUAGAGUGCAUGUACAUCUUACACAGCAUCAGAAAAUUCAUACUGAUGUGAAGCCCUAUGAAUGUAAGGAGUGUGGAAAGACUUUUAGUCGGGCCUCAUACCUCAUACAACAUGGGAGAACUCAUACCGGUGAGAAGCCCUAUGUGUGUAAGGAAUGUGGGAAGGCCUUUAGUACCUUUUCAUACCUUGUUCAACAUCAGCGAAUUCAUACAGGUGAAAAACCUUAUGAAUGUAAAGAAUGUGGGAAGAAUUUUACCACUAGCUCAUCCCUUGUUAAACAUCAGAGAAUUCAUACUGGUGAAAAACCCUAUGAAUGUAAGGAAUGUGGAAAGGCCUUUGCUGUGUAUGGACAGCUUACUCGACAUCAGAGUGUUCAUACUGGUGAGAAACCCUUUGAAUGUAGGGAAUGUGGUAAGGCCUUCAGAUUGAAUUCAUUCCUUACUGAACAUCAGAGGAUACAUACUGGUGAGAAGCCCUUUAAAUGUAAAACAUGUGGGAAGACCUUUAGAUAUAGUUCAGCCCUUAAAGCACAUCAGAGAAAACAUAUGGAUGUACAACUCUAAGAUUUCAGAAAUGUGGGAAGUCUUUUCUAUAUGGUUCAAACAUUGUUCAUUAUACCUGUAAGAAACUUUUGAAUGCAAGGAAUGUUGGUAGACCUUUUGGAAACGUUCUCAUCUUUCUUAACUCAUGCUCUCUUACAAUGAGAUUAUGUCCCAAUAAACAGAUAGAAAAUACAUUUAAUGCAGUACCACUAACUAAUCUACCAAACAUCACAGCUUAACCAAACCUACCUUAACCUUUCUUGAAACACAUUAACUUGUAGGCAAAAUCAUCUAACACCAAACCUACGUGAUAAUAAAAUGUUGAGUGUAUCAGUAAUUUAUUGAAAAAAAUCAGAAUCUGAAGUACAAUUUCUACU